AUGGAGAAGUUUAUGCUAUGCACAUUAAUGUUGUUUGUUAUGACAAGGUUUGUUCAUGUAAACGGUAAAAUUCUCUAUUUGGGUUCUAAAUGCUCACAAACAAGGAACACAACUGGUAAUUAUAUCACCAUCUACCAAGCUAACCUUAAAACCCUUUUAGAUUCCCUAGCCAACAACUCACCUCUUCAAGGAGGAUUCAUGAAUACCACCAUCGGAACUGGUUCUAAUCAAGUUUAUGGUCUUGCAUGGUGUCGAGCAGAUGUUUCUCCUACCACAUGCUCCAAGUGUUUGAACGAAACCAUUCGUGUACCUCUAAGAGAUUGUCCCGAUAGCAAAGGCUUGGUGAUAUGGUCGAGUUUGUGUAGUUUAAGGUUCUCAAACGAGAGUUUCUUUGGUGAACUUUGGAACAGGUCUUCGUCAUCCGGCUAUGGUAGACACACACUUGAUGAAGCUUCAGUGUUUUCAAGAGGGUUUUCGAUGAUGCAAGCAUUAGGAAGAAAUGUUUCUAAUCAAGCAUUGAUGUUUGAUACUGGUGUUAUUGAUGUUGGGAAUGAUGGGAAGAGAUACGGGUUGGGUCAGUGUAGUCGUGAUUUGAGCAAGUUUGAUUGUGAAAAGUGUUUGGAGAAGCUUCUAGUGAUUUAUCAAAGGUUUGUAUUGAAUCGGACUGGAUGGGAGAUGUUGGGAGUGAGUUGUGGCUUGUGGUAUGAUGAUGUUAAGUUCUAUGACAACGAUUCAGGGUUGACUACUUGA